AUUCCUUUCUCGAAUCUGACUCCUAUUGCGUUCGAAUCCUAUCACUUAGUUACCUAGUUACCUGUGAAUAAAAUAGUAGUGUUUCUGAGGCUAUCUUUGUAUCUAUUGCUCUGGAAGGUACAAGCCUUAAACCUUGUAGUUUAACUUGCAUUAGUUCCGUAGCGUCUGAGAGCUUUAGCAUUAGCAAAGCACCAAUAGUAAUUCAUAAGCUACUUUCACGUUAGCAUGGUAGCUUGCUAAUACAUUAGCAUUUUGGGUUAGAGGCUUUAGAGAAGUCUUAUUUCUAUUUAAAUUUAUCCUCCAUCCAGACAGUAAUCAUGUCCACAAAGGAGCUGCUGUCAGUCGAUUAUGAAGUAUAUGGGACGGUCCAGGGAGUGUUUUUUCGAAAAUAUACUCAGUCUGAGGGGAAGAAGUUGGGUUUGGUCGGCUGGGUGAAGAACACUCCAGCUGGAACGGUACAGGGUCAGCUCCAAGGCCCUGCAUCCAAAGUCAGACAGAUGCAGGAGUGGCUCAAGACCACUGGCAGUCCACAGUCCAGGAUUAUAAAAGCCGAUUUCAGUAAUGAGAAGAAAAUAGAGAACAUGGACUUCAAGGAUUUCAAAGUUGUCCACUAAGCAGUGCAGUAAAUGAAUGGACUUAUGAUAUGAGCUAUUUGUCUGUUACACUGGAAGUACCUUCUGAUGAAGGGACAGGCUAUACCUAGCAUGUGCACUAAUAAAUUAUAUAUCUAAUAAA